UUCAGAUUAUCUUGACCAGUGGACCCGUUGACACGUACCUGCCGUUUCGUGAGUCGGAUUGUUUUCUUUUGAUUAUAUUGUCGGGAGAUCGCUUCCAGAAACUGGAGUGUAGUGAAGCUCUUCUCUCUGUGCGUGUGCUUCUUAGCAGUGCUGUUGUGAAUUGACAAAGAAUUGGAAUUACUCAAAAUCAUCAACCGAUCGUUAACUAGGACGAAUACGUAACUGAAAUUAUCCACCCGUGUAUCGAAACAGAAAAGUAGAAUAAUGCCGGAGUUUGUGAUUGAAAAACGCAAUAUUCCAGUGCUAACGAUCGCGUCCAACAGUAGAAACGGUAGAACAGGUGGAGGUGCGGAUGGAAAUGGAACCGGUGAAAAUCCGCUCGGUUUCCGCAUUACCGGUGGCGCGGAUUUUGAAAUGCCGAUCACUAUAUUUCAGGUCAAGGAGAACAGCCCGGCGGCCAAGGCGGGUCUCGCUCUGGGCGAUCAGAUCAUCACGAUCAACGGUGCGGAUGCAUCGGCCAUGCGACUAAAGACGGCCGAAUCCGUCAUACAGCAGGCUGGCGAGCAGCUGCAACUGGUGGUGGCCAAGGACGAUGAGGAAGCUGCAAAGAACCCCAACAAACCGAAGGAGACACGUGCGGUCAAGUUCGCAGGUACAGACGAUGCCAGCAAAGCCGAUGUUACUAACAAUCCCUCUGCCCCCAAGCACAAACCAGAUGCAGGACGUGCUGACUGGAUUCAGCCGCCGGAACGUAAGGUGUGGCAUCCGAUCGUUUGGCAGCAGCCGCCGCCUCCGAUUCCACCGGACGUUUAUGGCAAGGAUGCUCCUCACCAGCGGCUGAUCGCCAACAUUCGUCGGCUGCUAACGGAGACGGUCGGAAAGCCGGAGGAACGCAAGAAGCACAUCGAAAACAUGAUGCUUUCGCUGCCGACCGGUUCGAAGAAAAAUGAGGACGACGAAGAUGAACCACCGAAGCCGCCCCCGAAACCGAAACGGAAGGGAAAGAAGGGCAAGAAAAAGACGGUUGUCCGGAAGCGUACCGAAAGCACCACUACGGAUGAUGAUUCGGUGUCGCAAGAUUUGUCCGCAUCGUUGCCGGCCUAGGCAGUGGAUUGUUUUAUUAUUUUCUCGAACGUCUUCUGUGUAUCAUGCGCCGAAAUGUUCGUUAGUCUGUACGUUCUAUUGUUAUUGAAAUGUUACAUUGACACUUACACUACAAAAGAAACUAAAGGCUCAUUUUAUACAUACAUACACUGAAAUAAACUUUUACAAGUAGGAAUAGGAAACGAAAACACGAUUUCUGUUGUCCGGACUACGAUUCUGGAAGGUUCUUUAGCCGACAUACUGUUAUAAAUAAUAGUUUUCUUCAAUGUUUUCGAAUCAGUUUAUACUUAUUCGAUGUUACUUGUGGAUCUUUGUUUGAAAGAACUGUGGCUAACAGGAGUUUUACCGAAAUGUUUACGAAUAAAUCGUGCUUGUUUUAAAAAUUAA